AUGAAGCUCGGUGUUAUUAUUUUGUUUAUCAACAGCUUUGUUCACUGUCUAGGUACCACAAACGGUAAAAUAAAUGUCAUUAAUGAAAAUGAGUUAGUCAGCAUGGCAGUGACGUCUCCCCAAAAACAAGGUUUGCAGUCCCCUUCACCGGGUGAAUCUUUUUCCAAAUCACAAUUUGACGAGCUUCUUCCACCGGAGUUUAACCAGGACUAUGUUGAGCAAAUGUCACAUUUCGGAGACAAUGGCAAUAACGAUGAAAACUACCAAGAGGAUGGUUAUUUCAGCAGUGAUGACAAGCUCAAGAUUGAUAGUAGUGUUCCUUUACAUUGUCAACGGGAGGAGUUUGUGAUUCAUUCAUUGGGUGACUUGAACUCCAUUAUAGAAUGUGAGACGAUUAUUGGAAAUGUCGUUAUUUCUGAAUUUGAUUACCCAAUUAUCACGUUCACCAAUUUGGUUAAGAUUAAAGGUAAUUUAUUUAUAUUCAAGUCUCCUGAAUUAGUUCGUAUUGAAAGUCCACAAUUGAAUAGUAUUACUGGACUGUUUCAAUUGUUUGAAUUGACAUCAUUGGCAUUGAUUAGUGUUCCUAGCUUAAAACAAGUUCUUGCAUUGAAAUGGGAGAUUUUGCCAAUAUUGAGCAAUGUGCAAUUUAAUUCUGAAAUCAAGGGGAUUGAAAGUAUAACCAUAUCUGAUACUUCAUUGACUGGGUUUUCGGGAUUUGUUGCUGAUGAAUUGAAGGUGUUGGAUAUCAAUAACAAUCGAUUUUUGGAUGCCAUUGAUUGCAAUGUCGAAAAAGUGACUGAACUAUUGCAUGUGUCUGCCAAUUCAAACGAAAUCAAGGUUAAUUUACCCAAUUUGAAACAAGUUGAAGAGUUGAGUAUUCAUAACGUCGAGUUGUUGAAUUUGGGCAACUUGGAACGUGUUGGCAAGUCAAUGAGUUUAAGUAGUAGCUUGUUUCAAUCACUUAAAUUUCCCAGGUUGAAGUAUAUUGGUGGAACAUUGAAUUUAUCCAAGAAUUCCAAGUUGGAGAAUGUUGAGUUUCCCGAAUUAGAUGAGAUUGACGGUGGCUUGAUGAUUAUUAAUAAUAAUCAUGUCGAAAAGGUUAAUUUUUUCCCCAAUUUAAAGAUUAUUGGUGGUGCUUUGGAAAUUGUUGGAAAAAUUACUGAAUUGACAUUUAGGAAUUUGAAGUUGGUGAAAGGUAGCGCAAUUGUCCGUUCAACUUCACCCCAGUUUGAUUGCCGGAAAUGGACAAAACUGGAGAUUGGUUUAGUAGUUAGAGGGGGCAAGAUUGAGUGUACUAAUGCCAGCAAUGAAAAGGUUACUUCAAGAACAAAAGAGGAUGGUUCUGAAGCAAGUGAAGUAAAAAAUGAAGUGGAAAAUGAGGAUACUGGUCAAGUAGAAGACAAGUCAAACAGUGGAUCCAAGAAUAGAACACUGAAUACUAAAAAUGACAAGUUUACAAAAUCUUCUUCAUCUUCAUAUAAUUGGGAUACAUUUUAUGUUGUGUUUUUUGUAACCACCAUGAUUAACUUGUGGGUAUUCGUUGAACUUUGA